AUGUCUCCCAAUAAACAGGAAGUGUCUAAGACAACAGCUGUUUCGUCUACUGGAUAUGAAGUAACUAGAAGUUUCAGGAAUCUCGGUGAACCGGUUUAUGUCAAUGUGUAUCAUUUACAUUGGCCUAACGGAUUAAAAAUGGGUGCAUAUCAUACGGGUACUGUUGUCUACGACAGGGAAUUCGGUUUUGGUGGACAUCCAUUCGCCAGUAGUGGUAUUUUUCAAACUACACCAAUGGAUAUUGAUAACUUAGGUGAGGAAAUCUCUUUCAAGGAAAGGCUGUACAUGGGUCGGACUUAUCUAUCAAAGAAAGCAGUGGAGCGGCUGCUUGUAAGUUUAGCUGAUGAAUUCCGUGGUGAUGCCUAUCAUCUGCUUCAUUUCAACUGCAAUCAUUUCACUUCACAGUUUGUUGAUCUUCUGUGUCAUGGUACUCUACCGAAAUGGGUGAAUCGGUUAGCUCGUAUUGUAUCCGGAUUACCAUUCAUUGAAUCCUUCCUACCACCACAUUGGGUCCGACCUAGUUUAAUGUAUGACUGUGAUUAUGAUGAAGAAGAUUUCCGAGAAGAAGAAGAAGAAGAAGACGACGAUGACGAAGAGGUGAAGACGCUUUCGGAAGAUGAGAAAGAAGAAAAAAAAGAAGAAGAACCAAAAGUGGAUACUGAAAAAAACAAUCGGAAUCUAGUCAUAAUUAAUGAGACCCCUACUACUACUACUACUACCACGGCAACUAAAGCUACUGAUAAAAUGAAAAAUACCACUAGCACUAGUAAUUCUACAACUCACUACAAAAAAGCAGAUGAUCAGAAUGUACAAUGUCCUAAUGACUCUUUAAUGAAGACAUUUACAGAAAAGCCACACUUUCAAUUUGUGUAUUCUGCAUCUACAGGCAACGGGCAUGUUCCACAUCAUAACAACAGUAAUAACAAUAAACACUCCAUUGAUCAUUCAGAUAAUCAUCACAAUACUUCAUUGUGUAAUAUUAGAAUGGUGUGAAUAAUGGAUAGAAAAAAAGAAAAGGAAUAUGCCAGUGUGUAUAAAUGAGAAAUAUACUGCCUAUUCAAUUCUUCCAAAUAACAAUGAAUUAUACUGGACAUUAUUACUAUUACUAUUAUUAUUAUUUUUUACUCGACAUUAAUUAUCUAUAUUGUUUUUGUAAAAAUAGUUCUAUCUGAGCACCUGCGGCAUAUUCAUUCAGUCUACUUGAUGAAUUAUGAGUACAUUGUUGAGAAGGGAAUCAAAUACAUUUUCUAUUCAUUCCCGUUUAAUUUCUAUGGGCAGCCUCCGUCCUGGCCCGUACCUACCCUCCACCCCCCCCCCCCGCCAAUUUACUAUCUUUAUUCUCAGCGAAUAAAAGUAUGCUCAAAUUCCUCUGUUGUUUUGAUACAUAUUGUAGGCCGUUUGUCUUUUUUGUGGGUGUAUCUCCUUUGUGAUAGUAUUGGAAACUUUUUGUAUUGUUCGAGUAAUUGUCUUUGUUUGAUAGCUAGCACAGCAGCCAACCGUUAACUGAUAAUCGUUUGUCUUAUCAUCAUCAGGUGUAAAUUCACUUUUUUGAUAUGCGUCUUUCUGUGUUACCCCAAUUCAAUUCAUUGACUUUUAUUUUUGCCGUAAUUUGCUCCCACUCUAUUACUCUGAGUCGUCUCCAUCGCCUUUUGUU